AUGCAUUACUUUGGAUUCAGCAUUACUUGAUUGGGUAAUAGCCUCGCUGGCUCUUAUUAUUCGUGGAAGAUUUACAAGAAGUUAUCAAUUAAGAUCAAAGUCAUUCCUUUUAUACAAGGGAUAUUCAGGUAUUUUAUUUUCUUUUGGUUUUAUCAUAGAUUGGCGACACAUUUAGCGAUUUUGACGUGAGCAAUAUUGAUUUAUUUUUAUGUAAAUUAUAUCUAGGUGAUUUUAUUUUUGCUAAAAUUGGGAAACUUAUUAUGUAGCUGCUAA